AUCAGUCUGAAGAAGGGUCUCGACCCGAAACGUCACCUAUUUCCUUCGCUCCAUAGAUGCUGCCUCACCCGCAGAGUUUCUCCAUCAUUUUUGUCGACCUUGUUUAUUUCUUGUUCAUUGUUUCUUUCCUUGCCUACACAGGUGAACAUUAAACAUCCAUUUCUAUACAGUGUUUAUACUUUGCUUUAAUCAAUGCAAUUCUCACGUUUCCCCCCACUUAUUUUGCAAUCGUUUACCUUGUUUAUGCGGUUUAUAUCUAUUCUCUCGCUUGUUUGUAAAGGCUUAGCCUCUCUAGGUUCUCACUCUUUGCCUUUUUUGGAGCAGUUUGUGUGGAAUAUCCCAGUAUUUUUGACAAGUUGUUGAGCACUUGAGCAGGCAAUUUCGAGGACAGAAGGGUUUCUGCAGACUUGCCAAUGACAAUCCACAACUUAAUCUGCAAAGAGCGAUUUCCCCCCUCGCCAAGCGUGCGUGAAAAGCUGUUUAUUAUUAAUUCUCCUUUCCAAAGGAUUGGGAAGAUCUGCAGAAUUCAAUCUGUUUGUCUCAAUUCCUCCGUCGCCUGUUGGAAUUUUCACCUUGUUCAAUAUCCCCAUGUCACCAGCUAGCCCCCUCCCAAUCAUCAUAGAUUUUCUUAAUUCUGAAAAUGUCAAGAUUAUUUUUUUUAAAAGACCAUUUGCGGAUUUAACCACGGGGGUUUGUGUUGUUAUUGCAUUCACUGUACGCAUUAACCAGUCUAUUCCAUUUAUUAAUUUAGUACAUUAAUUAAUUUAGUGCACUUAUUAAUGUACUGAAUUAAUGUAUAGACCGAUGUAGAUGUUAGCUUAUUAAAAGAAAGAUCAUUUCUAUUGCAACAUGUUAUUUGCAUUUAUUUUCUGAUAGGAUUCAAACAAAAUGCUUACUCACGUAAACAUAAAACUCUUCACAGUGAAGCACGGUUAUGUUUUAAAUGGGGAGAGGGGAAAUUCAUAGCUACAUUUAUUUGUUGGUUCUAAUCAAAUUCACAAUAUUUCCGUAUCGUAAUGUUUCCAGGGGAGUAGGAGCGAAUGAGCGAGCUUUGCUGGUGAUUCCUUUCCAGUUUCAUUAGAUUUCAUUGUUAUUGGACUCCUUUUGGCACGGUAUCUGCAUGGUGAUGAAGAGGAUUAAAGCGAAUUAAGGUCAUUCCAUUCCCCUCAUUUUCUGAAAUGCAUUUUGUGUGCAAUCAUCUUGGGUCCUGACGCUGGAGUCCCGCGGAUUUAAAUAUGACAUUAUCUUCAUGCCUGAAUCCUAAAAAAAUAAGGACAAUUCCUGUCAGGCAGCAGAGCGAGUUAAUUCUAAAAGCUGUUCAAUUUAUUUUUGCAUUUUAAGAAGAAUUUUCCUCCCCCGACCGGACUAAAAGUGGACUCCAGAAUUGGGGAUCAUAAAGAGAGAAGGUGAAAUGUGUCUCAUCUUCGGACGGGCAGGUACUUUUCUGAUGGAUUUCGUAGGUGAUCUGGUCACAUUGACAUGACGCCUUGAGUUACCUUGGUUGUGUGCGUUGGAGAUAGUGUGCAUUAAACGCCAUGCUGCUGUUUUGGGAGCUGAUGUUCCUUACCCUGCUGCCAGUUGCGAUGGAAACUGGAAGUGCCAAUCAUGCCAAGAGACGGCACCAGCCCCCUGCAGCUCAAGAGGUCAAGCAGGAAAGUCGAUCAGAGAGCAAAAGAUCAGAUUCAACCAAAGUUCAUUUAACAAAAUCUGAACAACUCCUUCGAGUAGAUGACCAUGAUUUUGCAAUGAGACCUGGAUUUGGAGGACCGGCAGUAACAGUUGGUAUAGAUGUCCAGAUUGAAAGCAUUGACAGCAUUUCUGAAGUUGAUAUGGACUUUACGAUGACUUUAUACCUAAGACAUUACUGGAAAGAUGGCAGACUUGCUUUUCCAAGUUCCAACAACAGAAGUAUGACAUUUGAUGGAAGAUUAGUCAAGAAAAUUUGGGUUCCAGAUGUAUUUUUUGUUCACUCUAAAAGAUCCUUCAUACAUGACACCACUAUGGAGAAUAUCAUGCUAAGGGUGUAUCCCGAUGGCCACAUCCUCUACAGCCUAAGGACAACUGUCACUGCUAUUUGUUCAAUGGAUUUUAGCAACUUUCCUCUUGAUACUCAGAACUGCUCAUUGGAACUUGAAAGUUAUGCCUAUAAUGAAAAAGAUCUUCUGCUUCACUGGAAGAAUGAAAAUGAACCACUUAAAACAGAUGAGCAGAUUUUACUUGCUCAGUUUUUCAUACAAGAAUUCCGUGCUUCAAGUGGACUUGCUUUUUACAGCAGUACUGGUUGGUACAACAGAUUGUUUAUUAAUUUCAUUCUAAGGAGGCACAUUUUCUUUUUUCUUUUACAAACCUACUUUCCAACCAUGCUAAUGGUCAUGCUGUCUUGGGUUUCCUUCUGGAUUGACAGAAGAGCAGUCCCAGCGCGUGUUUCAUUGGGAAUUACAAUUAUUCUAACAAUGACGACAAUUAUAACUGGAGUGAACGCAUCUAUGCCUCGAGUAUCCUAUGUUAAAGCUGUGGAUAUCUACCUCUGGGUCAGCUUUCUCUUUGUUUUCUUUUCUAUAAUUGAAUAUGCGGCUGUAAAUUAUAUAACCACUGUUGAAGAAAGGAUGAAAAUGAAAGAGAGAGAGAAGUUUUCAGAUUCCUUUAGGUUGAAUCAGACGCAAAUAAUGGCCUUCGAUGGUUGCUAUCAUGACAGUCAACUGGAUCUGUCACACUACGGUGAAGCUCACUUAAAUGUAUCAAAUACUGAAGCUAGUGAACACCCAACUGGCCGAAAUCCAGGCGGUCAACAGUUAAGAAAAAGGAAAUCAGUUAAGGGUAACAUUGUUGAAAUUAUUAUAAAAAACAAUCAUGCUAUUGACACUUACUCAAGAGUUUUAUUUCCUUCAGCGUUUAUUCUUUUUAAUUUCAUUUACUGGUGCUUAUUUUCAUAAACUUUAAUCAUUCCCAAACAUUUAUUUUUUCUGGAAUGUAUGCGGA